UUAGUAUGGCGUUGACAUAUAUUCUCUUCCAAGUAGUGGUCGCCUUACUAGCGAUCGUGUCCUACUAUCUCCACCGAAAAUUAACCUACUUCAAGCGUCGUGGGAUUCCCUACGAUACUCCCCAUCCGAUCAGGGGAAACAUGGAUGGUUAUAACAAAACCAAGACCGUGCACCAAAUCUACCAGGAUUACUACAACAAGUAUCGGGACAGCAAGGCCCCUUUCGUCGGAUUCUACCUCUUCCAAAAGCCCGCUGCCUUCAUCAUAGACCUGGAGCUGGCUAAGCAAAUCCUGAUAAAGAACUUUUCCAAUUUCUCUGACAAGGGAAUUUACUACAACGAAAAAGAUGAUCCCAUGUCGGCGCAUCUCUUUAACCUAGAUGGUCCGCAGUGGCGUUUGCUGAGGAACAAAUUAUCCCCGACCUUCACAUCUGGUAAGAUGAAGUUCAUGUAUCCGACAGUUCUGUCCGUGGCCGAAGAAUUUAUGGCCGUGAUGCAUGAGAAGGUAUUGGAAAACAGCGUUCUGGAUGUGCGAGAUCUGGUGGCCAGGUUCACGGUGGAUGUAAUCGGAACCUGUGCCUUUGGCAUCCAGUGCAACAGUCUGCGCGAUGAGAAGGCCGAGUUUUUGUACUUCGGACGGCGGGCUUUAUUGGAUUCGCGCCAUGGCAGGCUGAUGACUGGCUUCAUGCGCAGCUAUCCCAACUUGUGUAGGCGACUGGGCUUCCAGCGAUGUGCCGUCCAUGUCCAGAAGUUCUAUCACAGAAUAGUCGAAGAGACUGUGAGUUACCGGGAAAAGGAGAAUAUCAAAAGGAAUGAUUUCAUGGACAUGCUUAUUGCCUUAAAAAACCAAAAGGAGGUGACUCUUGAGAAUGGCGAAGUAGUCAAGGGAUUGACCAUGGAGGAGAUCAUUGCCCAAGCCUUUGUGUUCUUCAUUGCUGGCUUCGAUACCUCUUCCUCCACCUUAGGGUUUGCUCUUUACGAACUGGCCAAGAACCAGGAAAUACAAGACAAAGUAAGAGCCGAGGUGCAGGAGGUUUUGCAAAAACAUGAUAAUAAGUUUACCUACGAAUGCAUUCAGGAUUUUAAGUACCUCGACCAGGUUAUUAAUGAAACCCUACGCCAUUAUACCAUUGUACCCAAUGUGGAUCGAGUGGCCGCCAAGCGUUUUGUGGUCCCCGGAAACCCAAAGUUUGUUAUCGAGGCCGGACAGUCGGUCAUCAUUCCCUCAAUAGCCAUUCAUCACGACCCCAGCAUCUAUCCCGAACCCAAUGAAUUCCGUCCCGAGCGAUUUUCCCCCGAGGAAAUCGCUAAUCGUCCUUCAGUCGCCUGGCUGCCCUUCGGAGAAGGUCCUCGGAGCUGUAUUGGCAUCAGAUUUGGUCAAAUGCAGGCUCGCACUGGACUCGCUCUGCUUAUCAAGAACUUCAGGUUCUCCACAUGCUCACAAACCGCAGAUCCUCUCAACUUUGACCCGCACUCCACUAUUCUACUAGGAGUUAAGGGCGGAAUUCAUCUCAAGGUGGAGGCAGUAUAAAAAAAUGUGUUUGAAGAGCAACAGAAUUAUUUUACAAUUUUAAAAUUGAACUAUUAAUUAAAUUAAUGUAAUAAUUUGGAAUGAGCAAGCAAAAAAAAUACUAUUA